CAACAAUCGACGCAUUGUGUUUAUACGCAAUUAACCUUUUUUCAAGCAAAUUACAAUAACCAUUUACCGAAGUUGUCAGAUAUCAUUUUAAUUAUUUCUUUAGAUAAUUUGAAAAAUUAUAUCGUGCAUUUUUUCAUACGAAAAUAUAUUUUUUUAUGUACUACCUUUUUGUGUACCUAUUUCCGUAAAAUUGUAGUUGGGUUCAAAGGAAAAGUAAAAAAAAAUGCUGUUUUUAUAGACUACAAAAGUAACUUUAGAUCUAUGAUUAGGGGAAAGAGCGAUAUGGCUACUGCAGAGCCUUCAAGAUCACUGCUGCCUGCAAUAACACCAAGAAUUGCUACAGCUCCUCUUGGAUCUAGCAGAUUACAAACAGUUCCUAAACGGUAUGAGGAAACCAAACCAGUUGUUAUUCAGGGCCAUGCUCAUCGCAUGAUUAUAGGUAUUGGUCAUGAACUGCAGAGACGUUCCAUGGAAAUGUCUGAGGUGGAACGGUUGAGAGGUAUCCGAGAAGCAGAACAAGCAGUUUGGGCACAGGCUGAACAGAUCAAAGCUGAAGCUGUACAGAGAGCUAAAGAAGAAUCUAGGUUGGAUCAAGAAAAAAUGCUGAAAAAGGUCUCAAAAGCACAGGAAAAAGCGUUAAAGGAGGAGGCAUUACGAGUUGAGAUGGCGAUGCAGAAACUUGCAAUAGAACAGGUAAAACAGGAAAGACUGGAGGCUGAACAGAGGCUCAAGGAUGCUUUAUCAGAAAAAGAGAAAGAGUUUACAAAACGUUUAUCUGAAGCUUUGUCAGAGGCUCGGAAAGAAGAACAGACUGCUGCAGCAAAGAAAGCAGCAGACAUUGAAAAAAGUCACAAAGACAAACUAGCUGUAGCACUGAAGAAAGCUGAAACAGAGAAAACGAAAGCAGUGACAGAUCUUGAAGCUUCUAAAAAUAAAGAAAUGACAGAAAAAAUCAGUAAAACAGAAGAAAAUGAGAGGAAGAAAGCUGAUACUACAUUACAAGCUACAAAACAAAAAUAUGAGGCUGAAAUUACCAAAUUAAAAGGAGAUAUACAGAAACAAAAAGCAGAAAUUACCAAAUAUUUGAAGAAUAUUCAAGCAUUAGAACUGGCUAAAUUAAAUGUGGAAACUAAAUUACAUGAAGUAUAUACUGGAUAUCAGGACUUUAUAAACAGAAGCCAACCAUUUGAACCAGGCAUGUCAGACUAUUUAUUACAACCAGUUUAUAUUGACGAGGUUGGCAAAGUACCAGAACUUUGAAUAUAUGGUUGGAUUGUGAAAGACUUGUAAUAAGCUACAAAAAAAUGUGUACAUAAUAUCUGUCUGAAGUCAUCUUUCAGGGGCUUGUAUGAAGAGAGUUUAAAGGUUUCUCUAGGCCAAGUUAGCAACACUAAGUACUAUUACUAGUUUUCUGUAAAAUGACCAAAUCACUAAGGUUAUUUAAGCUUUUGAUAACUAACUGUUUUUGAAUGUACUAAAUACGGUGAAUUAUAAUUUGUUAUGAGGACCAUGAAAUCAGUAUAAGCUUUGUGUGCUGUCUAAAAGAGUUGUGUGUCUGUCACUGUCAGCCAACCAGAGCAUGGCACAGGCACACAGAACAAGUUAUUAUUUUCAUUUUUAAAAGUGGAAUCUUUUUAUUAACAACAAAUUUGUUUAUUGUAUUGAAUGCUGAAAUUCUAUUUCUGAAUCUUUUUGCAUUAUGGUUAUCAAAUUUUAUUUACAUGCUUUAUAGGUUGUUAAUGAGUCAAAACUGUUAAGAAUAAAAAAAAUAGUAUAUUGUAAAUUAGAAGUACAAGAUACGGAGUAGAGUACAAGUAUGAUAAAAAUCUGUUAUUUUUUAACAAGAAAAAAGGUUAGACAUCAUGUAUAAAAAUCUUACUGCUGAAUGCUUUAUAUAUUUUUGUUUUGAAUAGUGCCAAUAAUUAUGCCUUCUAAAGAGUUUACUUGUGAAAGCCAAAUGACUUGUUUAUUGUGCCUUAGAUGUAUUUCUAUAAAAUUUUGUUGCCAAAUUAUUAUUUUACUUAUUAAUACCGCAACCUUAAAACUUUUCCAUCUACAGAUGUAGUACAUGUAUCUUUUGUUUUCUUGAAACAUUAAAAUCUAUGUCACAGUGAUAUUAGUGUCUGUGAAUGUACAAACAUUCUGCUGAUGAAAAGUAAGCUUUAAUAUUUGAUUUUGUCAGGGACUCUUCAGGGAUAAACAUUACUGUGUUUUCACUUACAGCUUUCUUCUAAGCACUUCACAUGCAUACCAUAUAAAAUUCGGUGUAACUAUUUGUUAAAAGAUUAUAUAUUUAUUCAUUGAACACAUUGUCAAUAUCAAUAGUCAUGUUUGGUAAUUUUCACAAAAGUUACUAAGCAUUAUAUUAUAAUAAUAGGAAUGAUAAUUUGUAUUUUGAAAUGGUGUUUAUGUGUUCAGCUGAUAUUCAAUUUUUUUAAUAUUUAUCGGUUCAAGAAAUUUCAUGCAUUAUGAAUUUGUUAUUGAGAAAACUAGAUUACACACUUAAUCUUUUACUUUUGGAAUAACUUGUCAUUAUCUUAUCUUGUGACACAGAUGUUACUUUUCACUAUUUUAUAAAAUCUUUUUCAUCUUUUUACCUUAUUGUCAUAAAAGAUUGCUCAUUCUACAGGCAAUCAAACUAUCUGUGAUUAAGUUAUGUUAUUUUUUAUAUUUUUGUAUACACCUGUUGAAGUUUUCAAAUGAAUUUGUUAUAUUACAUUAUAUCCAAUCUUUAAAAGGUUGUUUUUUUCUGCUGCUGAUUUAUUCUUUUUUUUAAUUUUAUGAAGAGCUUUUUUUUAAAUGUCCAAAGUUGAAACAAGAUUGCUUAGACUGAAUUCAUCUUAGAUAAAAUCGCUUAAAAAAGUUUGAGCAAUGUUAAUAUAUAUAUCUUUAUUUGCAAAACAUACAAAAACCAAUUUUGGUUGUGGCAAAUACAUUAGAAACCUUUUGAGAUGUGAUUUUGACAAAAUUCUAAUUGGAAUAAGUUUGAGCAAUGUUAAUUAAAAACCUUUUGAGAUUUGAUUUUGACAAAAUUCUAAUUGGAAUAAGCAGUUGCAAUGAAAUGAGUUUAUGUCAUAUAAAGUUUGUGUUUUUAAUGGGAACCAGAGCAUAAAUCAGAAAUGUAUUAAAUGUAUAUUUUAGAGUAGCAAUAGUUCUACCAAUGGUUGUAGAGGACUUUAGUUGCUUUGUUAUAGGGUUACGGUUUCUUAUCAGUUGUUCAAGUGCAUAAUUUGGUUGUAAUUUUGUUUAAAAGGAUGAAAACAUAGGACAAAACCUUUGACCAAAAUAGAUUUGUUCUAAAUAGAAAUAUUUGCAUAUUUAUUAACCUUUGAUGAAGGCAUUGGCUGCCAAAAAACAUGGAUUUAUUUUUGAUAUUAUGAUUAGGAAUUCUUUCUCUAUAAAAACUGUGAUUGUAGAAUAUCUAGACUUCAGAAAGAAUUUGAUUAUAGAGUAUAUUUUUUGUUUAGUAGGAAAAUGUCUGCAUCAGAAUAUGUGUACCAAAUUGUUUUAUGCAAUCUAUAGAUCUAAAUGUUAUAUAUUUUGUUUUUGUCUUGCCUUUUGUUUUAUUCAACUGCUGCUCUGUAUUGUUGAAGAUUAUAUUGAGAUUCUGUGAUAAAAAAUAUACUUGUUUUGAA